GUAACAAAAGGAAUAACUCAAUAUAAGUGCCAACUAUUAUUGAAAAUGUGACAUUGUCAUAUGACAUUGAUCACGGAACUAUCACUCGAUUUUGACAUGAACUAUCACUCGGUUUCGACAUUUUUGACAUAGAGGCAGACAGGCGCAUUAACAUAAACGCCACGCCUGGAUAAUAGGUAGCCACCAUUUUAUGUGCUACGAGCUACGAUGUUUGAAAGGUUGUCCACUUUUCAGGGGUGAAAGUUCAGAUAACAGAAGUUUAAUUAGUGGAAGUUCGGAAGUUUUGGAAACUUUUUAGAAAAUAACUGUUAAUAAUCAUUUAUGUUGUGCAACGAUUUUGUUGAAUAAUUUAAUUCUGGAAAUGGAAAACUUUGCCAUAGAUGAACAAGUGAAAAAUGAAUCAACAGAUGUCAAAACUGAAUAUCAAGAGGUAACAGAAAAUAGAGAAGAUAAUGAAGGAUCAGAUGAAUAUGAGGAAAAUGUUAGAGGGCAAGAAGUUCAUACUGUUGUUCUCCAGAAUAUUCAAAUUGCUCAAGGUGGACAGCAAUUUCCCAUUAUUCUUAAUCAGUUUCCCUCAAAUAAUUCUGAUGGAAAUUUGCAUAUAGAUACGAUGGAUCAAAAUGUUAUUCACACAUACAUUAUCGAUAAUACAGAAUUCAAUGCUGUUGAAGGACAUGAAAUAGUUUAUGAAGACAUAGGCGAUGAUGAAAAUGCUGUACAGUAUGUUAUUGAGGAUGGGGGUGAAUUUGAAAUACAGGGACAAAUGACACAAUUUAACGAUGAAGCAAUGCGAUAUACAUAUCAAGUAGAGGAGAUUGAUGGUAAUGUGGAGCUUGCAGAGGCAGACAAGCAGGAAACAGCGGAGGUAGUUGAAUCCCAAAUAGAAGAACAGGAAAGUAAAAUCGAAAUGGAUCAAAUCAAAGAGGAACAUGUGGAAUGCGAUAUUUGUCAGAAAGUUUUUAGGACUUCAGCAGGUCUCAAAAGGCACAUCACAGUCAAUCAUUGUGCCAAAAGUGAUAUGGAUGGAAGCGAUCCUCUUACUUUACAGUUAUGUCCUUGCUGCGGCGAACCAUCAGAUUCAGCACAUACAAUUGGUGACAUCAACUGCGAGCAGUGCGGAAAACUUUUUGUUCAAAUGAGUUGUCUUCAACGUCACUUGAGCAUUGAACAUCCUGAAGGCGAUGAAUUUACUUGUGCUGAAUGUAAAAAAGUUUUCAAAACAAAAGAGGGAUUGAUCGACCAUAUGAAAGUGCACCCUAUCAAAACAGUAAAGUGCCUAGAUUGCAAUAGGGAAUUCACAAGAAAAUACCAUCUUGACAGGCACAUAGGACAGACAGGAUGUAUGGGGUAUCAAAGAAAAGCAUAUGAUUGUAGGGUAUGUAAAAGGUUCUUCACUCGUAAGGAUAAUUUAGCGGAACAUUUAAGAGCUCAUGCAGGUCAAGCUAAGAAGAAAAAGAAGUAUCAAUGUGAAUUUUGUGAUAAAGAAUUCCAAGGUUUUGCUUUGUUGAAUGUUCAUAUUCGUACCCAUACAGGUGAGAAGCCAUACUCAUGUGAUUUCUGUCCUAAAAAAUUUCCAUCCGGUGGGGCAAUGAAGAAGCAUCGCCGCAUGCAUACAGGAGAAAAGCCUUAUAAAUGUGAUAAGUGUGACAAAAAAUUCGCCGCCAAGGAAACUUUGAAUCGUCAUUGGCGUACUCAUACCGGAGAGAAACCACACCAGUGCCAGUUUUGCGGCAAAUCUUUCAUCCAGCCAUCUCAGUUGCGUGCGCAUAUCUUUCACCAUACGGGCGAAAAUGCCUACACGUGCCAAUACUGUGGGCGGGCCUUUAAUCGCCGGCUUCGGCUUACCACACACAUUAAAUUCAUGCACGAGGGCGCAGAUCCUUUGCCCUGUCCACAUUGUGACAAAACAUUCUUCAGGAAGGAAGACGUAGCUAGGCACAUAUUGUGUCACACUGGUGAUAAACCGUUCGCCUGUGAUGUAUGCCAGAAAAGAUUCUCUGUUAAGUCAUCCCUGAAAAUCCACCAGCUGACUCACAAAAAAGAACCACCCUGCGUUUGUGAAACUUGUGGCAGAGCCUUCAUUCGCAAGGAUUGCCUCAUGAGACAUAUCCGCGCCAGGCACAGGGACGUCCUCGAAGACAUAUUGGCUAAUGCCGAGAAGAAGAGACUGCAGCAGCAACUUCUUGCUGCCGCUACAGAUGCUGCAUCAUUGAGUAAUGUCACCGAGAGCAUAAUCUGGAAUGAACUUACAUUGACCGAGUCUAUCAAAGAACUGCUGACGUUGCUUGUUGAUGAGGAGUGUUUGAUGGAAUUUGGGUAUCCUGAGUCACCUGUAGAUAGAGUGUUGGAUUGUGUUAUCAGGAGGUGUGGAUAUAAACCAGCGUCUGAGGAUGAUUUCGACUACCUAGGCCGAAUUAGGGAAAACGCCAAGUUGUUGUUCACGGUUGUUAUCGACGAUGAGGCCGUAAAAGAACUAUUGAAUAAUCAGACAGUAGAUGAGGUUAUUUUACAUGUACUCAGACUGGCUAAGAAACAGGGUACUUGAGAUCGUAUAUGCCAUUUUCCAGAAAUUGCUUGUUUUAGAGAAUUGAACAUUCUCAAAUUUUUGCUACAACUUAUUUUCAAUGAAGUUAGCUAAUUGAAAUUUUAUUUUGUUUUUUGGAUGUGGGGGAUGUGAAAUUUUGAAUGAUUUCAAAUAUUGCAUUAGAAGUACAUAUUUCAUCUUGUGUGUAAAUGAGUAUUUUGGAAUAAAAUGUCAUUUAACAAUUUUUUAUAAAAUUUUACAUACAAAUCAUGUGGAUGUGCAACAAUAAGGUAAGCGGCAGGGCUUUGAUUAUUGGUACUGGCUAGAGAUAAAUAUGCACACAGUGGAAUUUUUCAUAUGUGUUUAUUAACUUUUUUAUUUACUUACAUGUAGAUCAUAAUAUAUUUAUAUUUAUAAAGGAAGGGAACAACUGUUCAAAAAGCAUUAAAAUCAUUUAUUUUA